AUGGCUUUCCUUGUCCUUUUCCUUCUCUUCUUUUCCCUUCCCUUCUCCUCUGCUAAACUCACUAUUGAUUACUACAAGAAAACAUGCCCUGACUUUAACAAAAUUGUUAUGGAAAACGUUUACAACAAGCAAAGUGUAAGUCCAGCCACAGCAGCUGGUAUCCUUCGUCUCUUCUUUCAUGAUUGCAUCACUGAUGGUUGUGAUGCUUCAAUUCUUGUUGGUUCCAAUGCAUACAACCCUCAUGCUGAACGUGAUGCUGAAUUGAACCUUUCCCUCUCUGGUGAUGCCUUUGAUAUCAUUGUGAAGAUCAAGAAUGCAUUGGAAUUAUCAUGUCCUGGUAUUGUAUCUUGCUCUGACAUUAUAGCACAAUCCACAAGAGACCUUGUUAAGAUGGUGGGUGGUCCUUUUUAUAAUGUGAGGUUAGGUAGAAAGGAUAGCUUUACAUCAGAUUCUUCAAGAGUUGAUGCAAGCAUUCCAAGGACUAACAUGACCAUGGAUGAGAUCAUUGGCAAGUUUACUUCAAAGAAAUUCACUGUUAAAGAGAUGGUUGCUCUAACUGGUGCACACACCAUUGGUUUCACACAUUGCAAGGAAUUCAGCAACAGGAUCUUCAACUUUAGCAAAAACUCUCAGGUUGAUCCUACCCUUCACCCAAAAUUGGCUGAAGGUUUGAGGAAAGUGUGCCAGAACUACACUGUGGACCCUUCAAUGGCAGCAUUCAAUGAUGUGAGGUCACCAGGGAAAUUUGACAAUGCAUAUUACCAAAAUGUGCUUAAAGGGUUGGGGCUCUUAACCUCAGAUUACCUCAUGAGUGUGGACCCAAGGACAAGGCCAGUUGUGGAGCUCUAUGCAAGAGAUCAACAAGCAUUCUUCCAGGAUUUUGCAAAGGCAAUGGAGAAGCUUUCUGUGCUUGGAGUGAAGACUGGUAGAAAAGGAGAGGUGAGGGCCAGGUGUGACCAGUUCAACAAUCUUACUACUGCAUAG